AUGGCGGUUAAACAAUGUGACCAAGACACCAUUGCCGUAAGUUUUCUUACGGCAAAUGAAAUGACUUCAACUGAGAAUUUAAAUCAGUUGGAGCCAACUUUUAUGUAUACCCAACUGUUCAAAGAGAUCCUCCUUGAUAUCGAAUACGAUGGUAAGGCGCUCAAAAACUUAGCAGUUUGUUGCCACGAAGUUUUUACCGGCAAUCCAACUGAACUACAAGUAAUUAAAGAAUUCGAACGUGACUAUCGUCCACAAAAAGCAAUAUGGUGGUAUACACGUGAGUGUUUUACCUACAAAAUGCUCAAUCGAGCACUUCGAAAUAUGGAUGCCGAUAUAAUCAUUAAUAUGGGCUUCUUCCUACGUGAUGUACAUCAACAAAUUCAACAACUGCAUGAACAACAGGUCAGUAAUCAUGGGCGAAAACCUUUUCUAGUUUAUCGAGGACAAGGUCUUAUGAAAUCAGACUUUGAAAAACUUCAGAAAGCAAAAGGUGGUCUUAUGUCAUUUAAUAACUUCUUGUCCACGAGUAAAGAUAAAGAAGUGUCCUUUGACUUUGCUGGACGUGCUUCAUCAAAACCGAAUAUGGUUGGCAUUCUCUUUGUUAUGUCCAUUGAUCCUUGCUUGAAAUCAACACCGUUUGCCUCCAUCAAAGAAGAGAGUUAUUUUAAGGAAGAAGAAGAAAUUCUUUUCUCAAUGCACACCGUAUUUCGGGUGAAUGUAAUUAAACAAAUGGACAAUAAGAAUCAACUUUAUCAAGUUGAAUUACAAUUAACAUCAGAUGAUGAUCAACAACUACGAUUACUUACUGAUCGGAUGCGAGAAGACGCUGGUGGUAGUACUGGAUGGCAAAGAUUGGGUGACUUAUUGCUGAAAAUUGGCCAAUUUAAUAAAGCUAAAGAACUUUAUAAUGUAUUACUCGAACAGACAUCUGAGGAGAGUGAAAAAGCGCAUUAUCAUAAUCAGCUGGGAUCAGUGCAUUCGAAUCAAGGUGAUUAUGAAAAGGCUAUUUGGUAUUACGAACAAGCACUUGAAAUUCGAGAAAAAGCUCUUCCUUCAAAUCAUCCUGAUUUGGCUAGUUCAUACAACAAUAUCGGUGGUGUGUAUGACAACAUGGGAGAAUACCCGAAAGCACUUUCAUAUUACGAAAAAGCACUUGAAAUCUUUCAAAAAACUCUUCCUUCAAAUCAUCCUUCAUUGGCUACUUCAUACAACAAUAUCGGUUUAGUGUAUGACAAGAUGAGAGAGUGCUCGAAAGCCCUUUCAUCUCACGAAAAAGCACUUGAAAUUUGGCAAAAAACUCUUCCUUCAAAUCAUCCUGAUUUGGGUACUUCAUACAACAACAUCGGUUUAGUGUAUACCAAGAUGAGAGAAUAUUCGAAAGCGCUUUCAUAUUAUGAAAAAGCACUUGAAAUCUUUCAAAAAACUCUUUCUUCAAAUCAUCCUUCAUUGGCUACUUUAUGCAGCAACAUCGGUAAUGUGUAUAAUCUGAUAGGAGCGUACUCGAAAGCACUUUCAUCUCACGAAAAAUCACUUGAAAUCCGAGAAAAAGCUGUUCCUUCAAAUCAACCUGAUUUGGCUACUUCAUACACCAACAUUGGUGGUGUUUAUAACAAUAUGAAAGAGUAUUCGAAAGCACUUUCAUAUUUAGAACGUGCUCUGGACAUAUUACAACGUGCAUUACCUCCAACUCAUCCUAAUAUUCAAAAUGUAAAAGACGGUAUCGAAAUUGUAAAGAAAGAAAUUAUAAAGAGUAGUUGA